GUGGUCACAAGAUAAGACGGUGUGGUCCAGGCUGUGGGUCGUUCCUCUUAAAGUCAUACUACUAGUACUAGUAGUACUAUUGUACUAGGUUUAAAAUUCUGAAGUAACCUGAAAAUGACAGAGCCGGAACUUCAGCAUAUUGAGCAAUAUAGAGUACCGAAGGCUCCUGACACAGUGUACUACAUACCAAAUUUUAUCAGCAAAGAAGAAGAAAAAUAUCUCACCCAACAGGUGUAUGGUGCUCCCAAACCAAAAUGGAAACAAUUGUCAAAUAGAAGGUUGCAGAACUGGGGAGGACUUCCACAUCCAAAGGGUAUGAUAGCAGAGAAGCUCCCUAAGUGGCUUGAGGUGUACUGUCAACAGAUAGCUGAUCUUGGGGUAUUCAGAGAUCUGGUUCCCAAUCACGUCUUAGUGAACGAAUACCAGCCAGGCCAAGGAAUAAUGCCUCAUGAAGAUGGCCCACUCUUCCAUCCAGUUGUCACAACUAUUAGUCUGGGUUCCCACACAUUCUUGGAUUUCUAUCAACAUCGCGGAGAUGCUAGUGAAUCCGCGGAAGAUCUCAGGGAAUCUAAGCAGGAGAGUGAUUCACCAUCUGAGGAUACAGUCCAGCAUCCUAUCCUGUCGCUUCUCCUCCAACCCUGCAGCCUCCUGAUUCUCAAGGAUCACAUGUACACCUCCUUCCUUCAUGGCAUUGCAGAGAGGACCCAGGACAUUGUCACAGACAGUGUAGCCAAUCUUGCCCCGACUGACCAAAUGCCCGGGGACAGAUUGGAAAGGUCCUGUCGUAUUUCACUCACUAUCCGACAUGUCCCAAAGACGCUGAAGAUGAAGUUGUUUGGGAAAAGGUGAUGCUAAACUGUGAACAGUUCCGCUAAAAGCUGUUGGAUUGCCAGCUUCUGGACAAGUAACUUCCACAGAAAUCUCAUCAGCGUUUUCAAUCACUGACCAAAUAGGAUUCCUCCCACGGAGGUAAAAUUGAGGUGCGUGUAGAUGCACAUCUGCAAGCCAUUUGUGCAUGAAAAGUAUUGUCUUGCUUUUGAACUGAAACACUAUGAAACAUAUUUUGCAUGUGAAGAACACCUUGUGCAACCAGCAGCCGAUUUCACGAAAUGUGCUGUAACUUUGAACCAUGGGUAAGCCAUGUGCCACAAAUUCGUGUCUUAGAUGUGCAGUAAACUUAUAUUUGAUUUAAUUCACGAAAAGUUGCUUAGCUGCACCCCACUUUAAAUUAAUACUAAAUUUCUUGGACGUGGACAAUAAUAGCUUUUACAACAGCUGUUAUUUUUCAGUAUAACAAGUCCUCAAACAGUCGUUGAAUGACCUCCAUCUGCCAUUUUGACAAAGUUUUUGUCUUUUCUUCAUCAGAACCGGACAGAAAUUUUUGUAGUUCUGUCACAGCCAAACAAGUUUUUCAUUACCUUCUAAAUAUAAGACUCGUUAAACUCAGCAAUGAUGUGCCUUAACCGAACUCGAUGAGUUAGUCAAAUCAUUCAUUUUCGCUUUGUUUGGCACAACUUACACCACCUAAAAUGACUGCCUAAGUUACGCCAUAAUUUGUUGUGCUAGUGCCAAACUUACGCAGUGCUAAACUUACGCAGUGCCAAAGUCUUGUGACAUCACUCUUAUUUUGUCUUGCACCAUACACACUAAAAUGUGCUGUAAGUGAUGUUACGCCAUUGUGUAAAGUUUUGGGAAAUCAGCUGCAGGUGCUUUUUAAAAAAGCCAAUCAAGUCAAGUCAACUGUCUGAACAGCAGUCUUGCAAUCAAACUAUCUUCCUUUUAUUUCCCAAACAAUUGGAACACAAUUUUCAAACUGCCUCUAGUGUUGGCAGCUUUUUGGCCAAAUCAUCACAUUACAUGUACAGUAAUAUUACAGUAUAAUUUCAAAAAUGCCACGGAAUCAACUUGUCAUUAUACAUUAUCUACAGGUGAUUCAAUAUAUUCUGACAAAUUCUUAAAAGCAUUCAAAGCACAUGCCUUGUGGAAACCACAUUUUUGCAAUUCAGGUGAAGAAUGCCAUUUUUUUUUCGUGACAACAGAUUGCAAGUAUGCAUGUAGCUGAAAGUACAAAAUAUACUCAACACGCUGGCAAAAUUACAAAUGAUGGACAAUAUGGACAUUGCAUUCUCGGUGAAGAUGUUCCUUGAAGGCAGAAAGAAAUACAAAUGGAUUAAAGCACAUGACCCCUUUUUUGAUAAAGCCAAGUACAUAUUGCCAGGGUAUGUGCAUGAAUUCUACAAUUAAAAGUUCCCUCAAAGGAUAAAGUAAGCUUACUAAUGGCCCAUAGUUGUUACUCUGACAGCAACAUAAAGCCUUCCACUUGAACUUUUGUUACAGUAAUAUCAAGAGAAUACCUGUACUUGAUACUGUAGAGCCCUUUCUGGGCAUAUGGUUGCAUUUUUGCUUCAGAAUGUGCCAAAUUUCUAUGGGAGAUGAAUUCACAUCUCAGCUGUCAAUUGUAAUGUUUUCUGCAUGGUUGCAUUUGAAUUAAUUUAAACAGCAAUGCAGUCCAACAGGUACAUCUCAAUCAAAUGGAAAUAAUAUUCCUUAAAGCGAUCUGGUCUUAAUAGGUCUUCAAAAAACACAUUCCCAGUCUGUGCAAUGCAGUCUCCAAAGCUAUGUUGUUCACAAACAACUUUAUUCUACAACGUAUAUGCAAAUCUCAACACAACUGUACAUGUACAUUCAUCCCAACAGAAGUAACUACAUGUAGAAAUUUUCUUGUCUCUCGCAUAACCAAAGCAAACUGGUUUUAUUAUAUUUUGUGAGGUAUUUUCCAUGUGGUUUUACAUAUACAUGUAUGGUAUGCAUUUGUAACUUUUCUAUGAUUUCUUCCUAUGAAGCUGGAUACAUCCUAACAUAAAAGAAAUUUCCCCUUGAGGGAUCUAUGUAGCCACAGUCUGUCCAUCUACAGUUUAACCUUACUAUUGUAUGAAAAAAUAUGGUAAAAAAAAGAUAAACUUUGAACAUCAUAAGGGCACUGUGCUUUUCUUUCACAAACACAAAAUUAAAAUCCAGUUUUUAAAGUCAUUUGUGCUUGAAAGACCUCAUUUUAAUAAUGAUUCACAUUAUUUCACCGUGUGUCACCGACACACGUGCAUUUCAUCACAGCUUACAGAACUUUACAAAUGUACAAGUAAACUGUACUUGAUUGGGUAACUUAUGCAAACAAUGGCAUACAUGUCAAGGGUAAGCACUGCACAGGACGUAAUAGCUGGGUAUUAAAUCAUCCGAUUUGCAGGCUCUUAAAAUACAACACUAGUAAAUUGAUUCUUAGAAAUGUCCCCAUUCUGUAUCAGACAGCCACACUAUUUUGAGAGGUGAACCCUAUGUUCAUAGAUGUAAUAAAGUAGCAAGCUCAAACACACUGAGAUUUGUAAGAGUACAAUGCUGGUAACUGUUUACAUCACUGAAGCACAACUGUCGAAAAGGUCGUCUCAAAACGUACAGAGAGUAAAAUGGCCUCGAAAACUUUUGUCAGAUUGUCAUCCAAGAUACCUUGAUGUACCAAAUGUGAUUUGACUGGUCCAAGACAACAAAAAGCAUAUCUGAUUCCAAGCAAUUAACUUGGGUAACAUGUACAUGUCCAUGUACCGGUAUGCUGACUUUUAAGUUCUUGUGUUGCUGGCAUGGUCAGAUCCCUCCAUAUUUCUCUGCCUCUACCCUUCCUGGAGUAUGCUACGACAAACACAUAAUUAUACGAUUCAACUGAAUCAGAUUGCUGGUCAAAUGAUGGCUGGACUAGUCAACUCAUGUCAUAACAAAGUACCAGAGACCAGACAAAUUACUUUGUUAUAACCAGGAGUUUUGUUAUGAGAGGAGUGGAAAAACAAAGGAAAGGAAACCAUAAGAAUUCAUGAAAGUGAGAUUCUUGAAAUCCAUUCUAUUUAAUGGUAUUUUGUUAUAGAGUUCUUUAUAAUGAGAGUUGGCUGUAUUUGGGACCAGCUUUCUAAUGUUGGCUGUACCACUGGUUAUCAGCAACCUCACCAAUACACGGGAAGCCAACAUGUUGACGUUCAGCACAUCUAUUUAUGGGAUGAGAGAAGUUAAACGCUAGAUAAUGACAGAGCUUCAUAUGCAUAUCUAAAAACACACAGGCAAAAGCUACAUCACAACUAAGUUAGCCGGUGGCAAAGCAAGUUUUUUUUCUCAUCCUAUCACUUAUUUCCACAAGUACACCAAUGCUGACUAGCACUGAGGGGAGUAAAAUUGAAACCUACUGGUACUGUCCCUCUGUGGAAAGGCACUGCAGAUUGAGGAAAUAACUUGUGUAAUCUGCACCAACUCGAUAUGACAGAGCACCACAAACUGUGAGCCAACUCAAGGCAGAUCACUCCCUGCUCUCUCACUUGUCCACAGAGCCCACACCAGCUCCAUAUUAGACUGAGCUGUGUUCAGUAUAACCAAGGCAAAAUGGGCCUUCACAUUUCUGUUAACAUCGAGGAAACACUGUGCCCCAUACUGACAGCAACAUUUUCAAUUACCAUUACUGAGAGUGAGUCUUACAUGAGCAGCGAGCUGUACAUGGAGCCUCUAUCAAACUAGGUAGCACUCAAACUCUAGUCCCAAUCAAUCUCUGAAACAAAUUCACUGGACACAACUGGUUGUGUAUUAUUUAAGAGUAGCAGAAACCAAAGGUUUGUGAAUGUUGCUAAGUUUGAUAGUUAACGAUUGAUCAACCCAUUCUAAGAUAAAAUGUACACGUCAUGCCAUAUCUGGGAAAAACCAAAUCUCAUUUCGGAUGCCCCACAUUUGUGUGUCAACUGGAUGUCCAACAAAUUUCAAUGUACUAUCACCUGAAGCGCUGGCACAGACAACUUAAGAAGGUAAACAUACAACUGAUCAAGAAACAUUCAGGUACAUGUAAGUAUUCCAUCGACAUACUUUGAAGCUGUAUUAAGCCCGUCUUAACAUUUACAUACAUACAACAAAUAUUUCCAACGAUCAAUAAUAUACAAACUAUUAAAUUUUCAACAGAUUUGUCAACAGUUCCAAUAUAAGGUUAUCCAGCCAUUUUUGUCUGAUUAUUUUUUUUUAAUCAUAAAUUUCAGAGUCAGUGUCUGCACAAAUGCAAGCAACUGAUCUUUCUAUUUACACUUUUCAUUUUAAAUAUUCACUUGGUACAUGUAGCUUACAUAAGGACAUCCAGGAGCCAAACACAGAUUUCUGAUCCCAUUAAGUUGUAGCGAGCAACAGAGCAAGGUGUUGUCAAUAGGUAUGUCACUAGCAAGAACAAAGCAGCCAACAAGGAUCCAAACUUACACCUGUACAAUCAGAUACCUUUGAGGCAUUUACAGCUGACAAAGGAAGGCAACUUGGCCAGUAAAUCAACUAUUUUUCAAGGGACCAUUCAAAGUCAAGCACACAAAAAACAUACAAGGAUUAAAAAGCUUAGAGUAAAAAUGGACCGAUUACAUUUAGGAAUUUUCAUAUACAGAAAAUAUAACUGGUUUCUGUAAAGGGGUCAUCCAUUCUUCAUCUAUUUCACAAGCACAUUCUUUUUUAACUGUCCCCUAAUAAACACAUGCAAGAUGAAGAGGGCCCAUCAAUUUUUACUGUUUAACAGUUAAAAUACGCUGUUAACAACCCCACCCCUUUCUCCGAGACCAAAAUUCACAGAAUCAUGAAAUUAGUGGGUUUUUUUUUUAACUGGAUGGCCCCAAGGAGGUCAAGUUAUGACAUGCACUCCCAACCACAGCCCCUACAACCACCUCACCGAAGAAAAAAUUGUAAAAAUCACUGCCAAUAAAACUGUCAGUGGGGCACCAGUUGCCAGGGCAUACAUGUACAUGUACAUGUACGUACAUGUACACCGUAUACACACACACAGCAAAAAUUUAUCUCAUGGGCUUUACAUUGUCCCUGGCAUUAUGCAAGUCAACCUGUUUAUUCAGUUGAUUUGUUUUUCACAAUAUGCACACACAAACUUUAUAAAAAAAAAAUAAGCAAACAUGAGCACAACCUUUCCGUUUAUAUAUGCAUUAGGGGUAUUUUUGUGGCAGGUGAGCACUUACAAAUUUCAAAUACAGUCAACUCUCAUUAUAACAAAGUGGCAGAAACCAGACAAGUGCUGUUAUCAGGACUCCAUCAUUGAGGGAGAGAGGGAGUGGAACAAAAAUUCAAGAAAAUGGGGUUCACAGACUUUCCUCUUUACAACAGUAUUUUGAUAUAACAUGUUCUUUACACUGAGCGUGAACUGUUACAUUUCACUCUAAUGCAGGAUCAGUUAGCACAGAAGGGCAUAUCCAAAUGGCCCAUGGGCAUCAGGAAGCGGGGCAAAAAAUAUGGGGAAAAAACACAUUUUGAGAGAAAUGAAAAAAAAAA